CGAAAAGCUAAUACACGGAACGAUCUACGGUUGAAAAUCGAUAAGAGACAAAGUGCACCGUAGUCGUUGCUGCAUUUGAUUCUUCCCCAAAAAAAAGCUCGAGAGCGCGCAAACUUUAAAGGUUAUUUAUAAUUUCCAUUAAUCGUCAUGGUCGAGAGGAAGAAAGGACGAACACUGUUGGGGAAGAGGAAGGCCCUAGGCACAAUCGAAACGAGGCGAACGAAGAAGAGUCGGAAGAUGGAGGGGACAUUAGAGCGACACUCUCUGCUUCAAUUCGGUCAAUUGUCGAAGCUUUCGUUCGAUAAUCUUACGCCGUCGAGUGCUGCAGAUUCGUCGGAGCUCCGGAAUGAGUUGGGUUCCGUUGGUGCAGACGGAGAUUGGGGAGAGAAGGAAUUCAUUCUCAGCCAAGACUUCUUCUGCACACCUGACUAUAUAACUCCGGACAAUCAGAACUUGAUGAGCGAUUUAAACAUCAGCAUGGAUCAUUCUCCUUGUCCGAGGUCUCCUGUUAAACUAACUUCAGUUAAAAGCAAAAGAUGCCGCCAGGACAGUUUCACAUUUACUACUUCAGAUUCUACCUGGGCUUCAAAAUAUAAAGUAGACGAACAAGAGAAUGAUGAUAUUGACACAGACGAGAUCGUGGUGGAUAAAACUGAGAGGACUGGAUACGUUUCACGGUCCGCAGUUGCUCUUCGGUCUCGGGUUAUGCCACCUCCUUGCCUCAAGAAUCCUUAUGUGAUGAAUGAGUCCGAGACAGCUACUGACCCUUUCCGAUAUCAGAGGUCUAAAUGUGCUAGUUUUCUCCCUGCAAGCAUGAGUGGGGACGGCUUGUCAAGAUAUCUCACAGACUUUCAUGAAAUUCAGCAAAUAGGUGCUGGGAAUUUCAGUCGCGUAUUUAAAGUUUUGAAGAGGAUUGAUGGUUGCUUGUACGCCGUGAAACACAGCACAAGGAAGCUGUAUCUAGAUUCAGAGAGGCGUAAAGCUAUGAUGGAAGUUCAAGCUCUUGCUGCUCUAGGAUUCCAUGAAAAUGUAGUGGGAUACUACAACUCGUGGUAUGAAAACGAGCAGUUAUACAUUCAACUGGAGCUCUGUGAUCACAGUUUGUCCAAGAAAUCUUCUCUUAAGAUCUCAGAGAGAGAGAUUUUGGUGAUUAUGCAUCAGAUGGCCAAGGCUUUACAGUUUGUGCACGAGAAAGGAAUAGCUCAUUUAGAUGUAAAACCUGACAAUAUAUACAUCAAGAACGGUGUCUGCAAGCUCGGUGACUUCGGUUGUGCAACGCGGUUGGACAAAAGCUUGCCAGUAGAGGAAGGUGAUGCACGUUACAUGCCACAAGAAGUACUAAACGAAAACUACGAGCAUCUUGAUAAAGUGGAUAUCUUCUCGUUAGGUGUCACGGUUUACGAGCUGAUUAGAGGAUCCCCACUUACAGAAUCAAGAAACAAGUCCCUCAAUAUCAAAGAAGGCAAGCUUCCUCUUCUUCCCGGCCACUCGUUACAGUUACAGCAACUGCUUAAGACAAUGAUGGAUCGUGACCCAAGUCGUCGUCCUUCUGCUACAGAAUUAGUGGAGCACCCCAUGUUCGACAGGAUCCGCGGUUGAGAUUCAUAAACUCUCUCAGAUGUUGAGUUAAAGUCCAAUUUUGUAAAUUAUGGUACGUUUAGUUAAACCCGUUCUCGGUUGUUUCCGAGAAACAGAAGGAAAAAGGUAAAACGAGGAUAAUAUUUAACAUUGUGGGAUGUUGUCGACUGGAGAAAAUAGAAUGACACAACCACAACAUGUAAACUGCGAGCGACAUAAGUGGGUGUUUGUGUUCUAUAUA